AUGUCUCAAGCUGGAGCUACGACACCCGAGAUCAUCGCACGAGCUCAUAAAUCUAGAGUAGCCAGAUGGCGCGCUGCCGAUGUCUUCAUCUGGUAUCGAGACAGGGAUUUCGGUGAUGAAGUCGUUGCAUGCUUCAACUCCUCCGUCACUGGGCCUCUGACGGUCAAUACCCUGAUUCGCUGGUUCACCAUUCUCAAACCCUGGGACGUCGAGAUGGGGUUUACACCGGUGAAGUUGGAGUGUCCGAAGUACCUCAGGUAUACCUUCAGGCCAUCCACCGAUGUUCCGUUGGAGAAUUCGGCAAUGUGCGGCCCACUCGCAAGGCAGUGGGAUGACGAGGACGAGCCCCCGGAAAUGGAAGUGAUUGUAAACAUCAUACCCAUGCAUGCGGACGUGUAUGAGCUGUGGAUGAAAAACAUGCUCAGCGUCGACGUCGAGGACGGAAACCGAAUCGUCGCCUUCCAUCCCUCCGUCCGCAAACGCAUCAAUCUGUCCGCCGCACUCACAGCUGGUCCGGACACCGAGCGCGACAUAUUCCUUCGCGAGCAUUUUCACUACUCGCUUAUCAUACAGCUGACAGGGGGGAAUGUCACCGAAGACUUCCGCCUGAUUGACGUGCACAACUUCAUCGAAAACGUCAAAAUCGGUCAGGACGGACAGCCGAUGGACCUGGAGGAGGCAAAAUGGAAGACCCUCAUUGGUGCGGUGGUGCGAGAGGAGAUACAGGCCAGGCCCCGACCGCCUACCAAGGCCGACUCCGAUGACGAUGGGUACGACGAACUAGACGAGAUUGACGAGCACAGCGAAGAUGACUGAGGCACACACGACGAGAGCGAAGACGAAGGUGGAAGUGACUACGACCAAGAGCCUAGUGACGUCCACACGCAGAUCCUCGACUCCCGCCUCACGCGUACACCGCUUCUAUCCAUAUUCAUCGUCUCUGCCCGCUCGCAUCCUCA